AUGAUCCCGCACGCCUUGGCGCUCCCUCAGAAUCUCCCCGCUGAAGUCCUCUGUUCCGUAUUCGACCACCUCGUCGUUCUCUCCCCAUUCCAGAAUAAGGGUAGAGUGGAACUGGGAUGGAUUCGCGCAACGCACGUCUGUGGACGCUGGAGAUCGGUGGCCCUCGAGUAUCGCUCGCUCUGGACCACUCUUCACACGGAAUACUUCGUAGCGUGGGAUACCUUCCUAGGACGCACGAAUGGACUACCGUUGACUAUCAUUGAAUUCGACGUCCUCAAACGUAUCGACGGUGAUACCCUCAGCAACAAGCUGCUCUCCCUAUUGCCUGCCGCGAAGCGCGUGACUCUGUGGUCCGCACGUUAUAUAACCGCACAGUUCCUGGCAGUGCUAGCCGCGAAUCAUAUUCUAUGCGAACUCCGCCUGGACGUCAUGUCAGGCCAAGUUUUGAGCUCGUCGCCGCUUCCCUCGUUCGGCACGAACUUGUCCUCACUCAAGUUAUGUGGCGUUCUCUACCCAUGGGGUUACCAGGCACCCGGACUUCGCAGACUGGAGGUCGCCAUGCACAACAAUUACUUCCCUGACAUCUCGGAAACAUACAACUCCGUCCUUUCGAACGUAUUGGACACCCUCAAGAACAUGAAGUCUUUGGAAGAGCUUGUUCUCCUCGACGUUAUCCCACCGCCCUUGGGCGCACUGGACGGCCACGAUCGCCUCGCAUUGCCACAUCUUCGGGUUCUCAAGUUUAGGGGCAUUGCAUGCAACUGCGCGGCGCUCUGGUCUCUUUUAGAUCUUCCCCCAGAUACGACUGUCGUCGUCAGCUGCUGCGAUGUGCUCCUACAGACAGCGGACCUUACGCUGAUACUUCAAUGUCUCGGCUCCCGCUUCUCUCAUCCAACGUUGCCGGCGUACCCCGGGAUCUGCAUCGAGGAGUGGGACGAUGACCGUCGUGCGGGCACUCUACGGUUAAGCAUUGGAUCGCAGACCGACUGCCGUGCUGGCUCUCUCACCGUCUCCAACUAUAGCCGCUCCGCACGAUUCGACGGAACAGCCAUCCACCUCGAAAUGCCCUCCAUCCUCGACACGUUGUUCGAUAAUAUCUUUUGCGAGAACUACAGGCAGACCGUCAGGGACUCGUUUUACGAUGUCGCAACACAGUUACUCGCGGUGGUGCCAAAGUCGACUCUCGAAACAAUGGCUGUCGUCGCGUCCAAUCCUUCCAAUAUGAAGCGUGAGGGCAUCUCGAAGCUGCCAGUAGAGGAGUGGGAGCGCCCGUGUUCAAUGAGCGGCUCCAUGAGCCCAUCUUGA